CGUGUAAAGAGUGAGCCUGGGUGACAAUGGUGUCUUUAUUUACACAACUUUGACUCAUAUCAAAUAUUGCCUCCCCAGUGGAGAUAGUGGGAUUAUUAGAACCCUUGAUGUCCCAAUAUAUAUAACAAAAGUUUCUGGGAAUACUAUCUUUUGCUUGGAACGUGAUGGGAAAAACAAAGUCAUUGCUAUUGAUGCUACAGAAUAUAUAUUCAAGCUAUCUUUAUUCAGGAAGAGAUAUGAUCAUGUUAUGAGCUUGAUUAGGAGUUCACAGCUUUGUGGACAAGCAAUGAUUGCUUAUUUGCAACAAAAAGGGUUCCCUGAAGUUGCUCUCCAUUUUGUGAAGGAUGAAAAAACACGUUUCAAUUUGGCAUUGGCAAGUGGAAACAUUGAAAUUGCAGUUGCGUCGGCUAAGGUUAUUGAUGAGAAAGAUCACUGGUACAGAUUGGGGGUGGAGGCUCUUCGCCAAGGAAAUGCAGCAAUUGUAGAAUAUGCCUACCAGAGGACAAAAAAUUUUGAGAGGUUAUCUUUCCUUUAUCUCAUUACUGGAAACAUGGAUAAGUUAUCCAAGAUGCUGAAAAUUGCUGAAGUUAAGAAUGACGUAAUGGGUCAGUUCCACAAUGCUCUGUAUUUGGGUGAUGUCCAAGAGCGUAUAAAAAUCUUAGAGAAUGUUGGCCACUUACCUCUUGCUUACAUCACAGCUUCAGUCCACGGGUUACGGGAUGUUGCUGAACGGUUAGCUGCUGAAUUGGGGGAUAACAUUCCUUCAUUACCUGAGGGAAAAGCACCCUGUCUAUUGGUCCCCCCAACACCUGUUAUGUGUGGUGGUGAUUGGCCGCUUUUGAGAGUCAUGAAAGGCAUUUUUGAAGGUGGGUUGGAUAAUGUUGGCAGGGGUGCAAUUGAUGACGAGGAGGCUGGCGAUGGGGAUUGGGUUGAGGAACUUGAAAUGGUGAAUGUUGAUGGCUUGCAGAAUGGCGAUGUUUCUGAAAUUUUGUUGGAUGGGGAAGUACCAGAAGAAGAUGAAGAAGAAGCUGGGUGGGAUGUUGAGGAUUUGGAUCUUCCUCCUGAAGCUGACACCCCAAGGGCUUCUGUUACUGCCCGAUCUUCAGUUUUUGUUGCACCAACUACAGGCAUGGCAGUAAGUCAGAUAUGGACCCAGAGGUCAUCUCUUGCUGCUGAACAUGCUGCUGCUGGAAAUUUUGACACUGCAAUGCGGUUGCUAAGCAGGCAACUUGGAAUACGAAACUUUGCUCCUUUAAAAUCUAUGUUUCUUGAUCUUCACACUGGUAGCCACACCCAUUUACGUGCAUUUUCUUCUGCUCCCAUAUUAUCGUUAGCUGUUGAAUGGGGUUGGAAUGAAUCUGCUAGCCCUAAUGUAAGAGGCCCACCGGCACUGGUGUACAAUUUCUCUCGGUUGGAAGAGAAGCUUAAGGCUAGCUAUAAUGCUACUAAAUUUGGAAAAUUCAGUGAUGCUCUUCGUCUUUUCCUAAGCAUUCUUCAUACGAUUCCCCUUAUUGUUGUUGAAUCAAGGAGGGAAGUAGAUGAAGUGAAGGAGUUGAUUAUUAUAGUCAAGGAGUAUGUUCUUGGUCUGCAAAUGGAGCUUAAGAGGAGGGAACUGAAAGACAAUCCUACACGGCAGCAGGAACUUGCUGCCUACUUCACUAACUGCAAUCUUCAAAUGCCUCACUUGAGGCUUGCCUUGCAAAAUGCGAUGACUGUCUGCUACAAGGCUAAGAAUUUUGCCACAGCUGCUCACUUUGCCAGACGUUUAUUGGAGACAAAUCCCACGAUUGAGAACCAAGCCAAGACAGCCAGACAAGUACUUCAGGCUGCAGAAAGGAAUAUGACUGAUUCUUCUCAACUUAACUAUGAUUUUAGAAACCCGUUUGUGAUAUGUGGGGCUACAUAUGUUCCAAUUUAUCGUGGACAGAAGGAUGUAUCAUGCCCAUACUGCAGUUCCAGAUUUGUGCCUAGCCAGGAAGGAAAGCUCUGUACUGUUUGUGAUCUUGCUUUAGUUGGUGCAGAUGCUUCGGGUUUGCUCUGUUCCCCUUCCCAGAUUCGAUGAGUUAUUUGCUGAUCAAGAGCAUUCUUCUACCAUUUUCAGACUAUCCUUUUGUCAGAUGAAGCGUUCAUGUUAAAUUGAUUCAUAUCUGCCGGUAAAAGGUAAGAAAUACAACAGAAGAGUUACACUCCUUAGGAUUGCAAUUGGUUUCUUUGCCUUAUUCCUUGAUUGUCCAUGUAGUUUAUGAUUUUUAUUGUAAUAAGCAUUUUGAGAAUUUUGACUGGGGCUAUUUCAGCACACUCCAGAAUGGUCAAAAGACCACUGUUAAAUUAGAUAAUGGUUAUAGGCAGGACGAAUCACAUAUUAAUGUACACAGAUGCCGAUCAGCAAAAUUUGCUUAUUUUUUGAUCCUUCGGAUUUUUUGGUUUGCAGGGACAGUAAUAUGUGAUUCUAAUUCAAUGCACUAUUUUUGUCAA